GGCGGCUGGAUGAUUGGAAAAUUUUUCAUUCGUGUAUCGCAGAGUCCACCAGUGAGUUCGGUUGUGUGGAUUCGUCUCUAGCCUGAGCUUGUCCAAAUAUCAUCCUUCCUUGGCCAGUGUCUGGUGAUAGGACCACUUAACUUUCAAACCAUCACGGGGACACCUGAAAGGACGACGCGGAUCACAGGAACACCCUAAUUGCCAAGAUGUCAAAUCUGAAGAAGAUUGCCGACGAGGACCGGGAGUCCAAGUUCGGAUAUGUAUUUGCCGUAUCCGGUCCCGUCGUAACGGCCGAACGUAUGUCCGGUUCCGCUAUGUACGAGCUGGUUCGUGUCGGUUACUUCGAGCUGGUCGGAGAGAUCAUCCGUCUGGAGGGUGACAUGGCUACCAUUCAGGUAUACGAGGAAACGUCCGGCGUUACCGUUGGUGACCCGGUGCUGCGUACCGGAAAGCCACUAUCGGUCGAGCUAGGCCCUGGUAUUAUGGGUAGCAUCUUUGACGGUAUCCAGCGUCCACUGAAGGAUAUUAACGAGCUGACCAGCUCCAUCUAUAUCCCGAAAGGUGUGAACUUGCCCGCUUUGUCCAAAACACAAAGCUGGGGAUUCCAGCCGUUGAACGUGAAGGUUGGCUCGCACAUCACCGGGGGAGAUCUGUACGGUCUUGUUCACGAGAAUACCCUGGUCAAGCACAAACUGAUCGUGCCACCCCGCGUGAAGGGUACGGUGCGCUACAUUGCGCCACCUGGCAACUACACUGUAGAUGACAUUGUGCUGGAAACGGAAUUCGAUGGUGAAAUCAACAAGCACAGCAUGUUGCAGGUGUGGCCUGUCCGUCAGCCCCGUCCAGUGACAGAGAAACUGCCCGCCAACCAUCCGCUGCUGACUGGACAACGUGUGUUGGAUUCCUUGUUCCCUUGCGUCCAGGGUGGUACCACUGCCAUUCCCGGUGCUUUCGGUUGUGGAAAGACUGUCAUUUCCCAGUCGCUGUCCAAGUACUCUAACUCCGAUGUCAUCGUUUACGUCGGUUGCGGAGAACGUGGUAACGAAAUGUCUGAAGUAUUGCGUGAUUUCCCUGAACUCUCCGUGGAAAUUGACGGUGUCACUGAGUCUAUCAUGAAGCGUACUGCCCUGGUUGCCAACACUUCCAACAUGCCUGUCGCUGCUCGUGAAGCCUCUAUCUACACUGGUAUCACUUUGUCUGAAUACUUCCGUGAUAUGGGUUACAACGUAUCCAUGAUGGCUGAUUCCACCUCCCGUUGGGCCGAAGCCCUUCGAGAAAUCUCCGGUCGUCUCGCUGAAAUGCCUGCCGAUUCCGGUUACCCAGCCUAUCUGGGUGCCCGUCUGGCCUCCUUCUACGAACGUGCCGGUCGCGUCAAGUGUCUCGGAAAUCCGGAACGUGAAGGUUCGGUCUCCAUCGUCGGUGCCGUAUCGCCACCUGGUGGUGAUUUCUCCGAUCCCGUUACUUCGGCCACUCUGGGUAUCGUACAGGUGUUCUGGGGUUUGGACAAAAAACUUGCCCAGCGUAAGCACUUCCCCUCGAUCAACUGGUUGAUUUCUUACAGUAAAUACAUGCGUGCCCUGGAUGACUUCUAUGACAAGAACUUCCAAGAGUUUGUGCCAUUGCGUACCAAGGUCAAGGAGAUCCUGCAGGAAGAAGAGGAUCUGUCCGAAAUCGUGCAACUGGUCGGUAAGGCUUCCCUGGCCGAAACCGAUAAGAUCACUCUGGAAGUGGCCAAACUGCUGAAGGACGAUUUCCUGCAGCAAAACUCGUAUUCGGCCUACGAUCGAUUCUGUCCGUUCUACAAGACGGUCGGCAUGCUGCGAAACAUGAUUGGCUUCUUCGAUAUGGCCCGCCAUGCCGUGGAAACAACCGCCCAGUCCGAGAACAAGAUCACCUGGAACGUGAUCCGAGAUGCGAUGGGCAACAUUAUGUACCAGUUGACGUCCAUGAAGUUCAAGGACCCGGUGAAGGAUGGCGAAGCCAAGAUCAAGGCCGAUUACGAUCAGCUGUACGAGGACAUGCAACAGGCUUUCCGUAAUCUGGAGGACUAAACAGACACCGAACCAUAUUGCAUAAUGCGUCCGAAAUUCCUUAAAACAGUUUUAUUGUUUUUUUUUUCAUUUACGAUCAAGAUGUGCUGCUGAGACAAAAUUUAAGGAAAAUAGAGCUAAUCCAUACAGCAACUUAGAGCAACAAAAAGUAACACAAACAACAUAAAUUGUUAUAUCUCCUGGAAUUUUCCGGGAAAAAGCUCGAUCAGGUACCCACAGUCAAAGGGUCCUAAGGGAAAAAAAGGUCAGCCGCAUGACCUUUGACAGGAGUUAGGGUUAAAAUUAUUUACACACAUGUCAUACAGAACCAUGCAUACAGAGUGAAGAAAAAGAUGUAACAUUAGCAGAAACGGCAGAAAGGGAAGCAUUCAGAGCUAGAGACGUGGUGAAAUAUUGGAUAAGAAAAUGAAGAUCUUACGGCUCGAGAGUCAAUAAUCAAAGGGGAACCAACAUCAUAAAAAAAGAAAUAAAGACAAAAAAAGACUCUCAGCCUCGUACUAAUUUGUGGCGUCGCGAAACGUACAAUAAUACUUACCUUAAGGAAGCAUAUUUAAAAAAAUGUCUUUAUGUCACACCACGGAUAAUGGAAAAAAAAAAUAGAAGAAACUUUCGAUUGCACUAGAAAAUAUAUGAAUGUUCAAUAAGACUAUGCUGUAAGAAAGAUAUAAAUAAUCAUCUAAAAAGUUUUACUAUAAUUAAGAUAAUCAUGUUGUUAUAUUGCUUUAUUUAGUUGGUAUAUGUUUACUUUUAAUUUUGUAGUCGUUUUUUUCCAUGUGAAGACCGCUGACGGAAACGUCGGAAUGUGGAUUGACUGUUGCGCUGGUGAAACAGCAACCAGUUCAGUUUAAAUUGUUUGAAAUAUUAAAAAAAAGCCUGUCUCUAUAGUGAACUGAUGUAUCGUUUUAGGGCAUAACCCAAUGAGAGAAAAUAAAUCCUCUAUUAAACCUACAA